UUUCCACCUACACCACUUGUAAAAACUCACACUGUUUUAUUUUUAUCUGCUUCUUGCCAGAGUCAACAACAACAACUACUGAUAACACAAAAAUGGCGAUACCAAUCUCCAAAACCCUAAUCAGAAAAGCAAAUUAUAUCCCCAAAAUCCCACUUUACAAUCAUCUCUCUAAAACCCUAACAAACCCCUUUAUUUCGACAACAAAUCUCAAGCCCAGCAAACACUCUUCAUCCCUUCUUUUCAAAACCCAAAUUACACCAAUAAUCAAAACCCACCAAAACCCCCAAAUCAAAUCCCUUUUUACAGGAAUAGUUGAAGAAAUGGGCGAAAUUCGGCAUCUGGGUUUCGACGAAUCCGGCCAAUCAUUCGAUAUGGUUAUACAUUCCCCAACUGUUAUUCAAGAUUGUAAUCUUGGUGACAGCAUUGCUGUAAACGGUACUUGUUUGACUGUUACUGAAUUCGACCCAAAAACAUCUGAGUUUAAAGUGGGUUUGGCCCCUGAGACGUUAAGGAAAACGUCGUUGAUCGAGUUGGAAAAGGGUUGUGUUGUAAAUUUGGAGAGAGCUGUGAAGCCAUCGACACGAAUGGGCGGGCAUUUUGUGCAGGGCCAUGUUGAUGGAACAGGGGAGAUAGUUUCAAUGGAACCUGAAGGUGAUUCUUUGUGGAUAAAGGUGAAGACUUUACCUGAAAUUUUGAAGUUUAUUGUUCCGAAAGGCUUUAUCGCGGUUGAUGGGACUAGUUUGACUGUGGUCAAUGUGUUUGAUGAUGAAUUGUGUUUUAAUUUUAUGUUGGUUGAGUAUACACAACAGAAAGUUGUGAUUCCUUUGAAGAAAGUUGGGCAGAAGGUGAAUUUGGAAGUUGAUAUUUUGGGGAAGUAUGUUGAAAGGCUUCUUAGUAGCGGAUUCGUGGAGAGUAUCAAAUCAAGAUGAUGAUUCUUCCAUUUGAGGGAAAACUGAUCAAGUUUUGCCGGGCAUGGUCAACAAGCGGUUUCUAACUUUCAUUGGAUUGCCCGGUUUAUCCUCCAGCAUAUUUACGACAAACAUGGGUUCUUGACUCUUUUGAAAGCACCAGCUGGAGGAUCUUUUACCAGAAUUCUGCCAUUCCAUUGGAAAAUAUAUAUAUAUAUAUAUAUAUAUAUCUUGGGUGACCUUGCUUUUCUAAGAAGAAUAAUGUUGUCAUAAAUUUUACUCCAUUAUUAUCGUUAUUAUUAAUUAUAUUUUAUAGCAUUACCGAAAAUCGUUAAGUCAUCCAAGAUCGGUUGAAUUUGGGCAACAUUCUGUGUAACAAGGAUUUUGUAGCAUUACGAUUUCCGAAUGUUCAGCAACAUGCUUGUUAAUUGAUGUUCAUCAGUUGAUAGACA